AUGUUGGAGGACCAGGUCGCCUUCCUGCUGCAGAAGUACCUCGGCAACUACGUCCGGGGGCUCAGCAAGGAGGCGCUGAAGAUCAGCGUCUGGAGAGGUGAUGUAGAGCUCACAAACAUGCAACUGAAGCCAGAAGCGCUCAAUUCAUUGAAAUUACCUGUUAGAGUCAAAGCUGGUUUUCUUGGUUCCGUGAAGCUCAAGGUUCCAUGGAGCAGGUUGGGACAAGAGCCAGUUUUGGUUUAUCUUGAUCGAAUUUUUAUACUAGCUGAACCAGCAACACAAGUUGAAGGUUGCAGCGAGGAUGCUGUCCAGGAAGCAAAAAGAAGUCGAGUUAGGGAAAUGGAGAUCAAAUUGUUGGAGCGCCAACAGCAACUGAAAUCUGAACUAAAUUCAUCAUGGCUUGGGUCUUUCGUUGGCACUGUAAUUGGAAAUAUCAAGUUAUCCAUUGGCAAUAUUCAUAUCAGAUACGAAGACGUAGAGAGCAAUCCUGGCCACCCUUUCGCAGCAGGUCUGGUACUUUCAAAGCUUUCAGCAGUUACAGUGGACGACUUUGGCAAGGAGACUUUUGCCACAGGUGGUGAUUUGGAUCGAGUGAAAAAGUCUGUUGAACUUGAGAGUCUUGCGGUGUAUUUUGACUCUGAUAGCAGUCCCUGGAUUGUGGAUAAACCCUGGGAGGAUUUACUUCCAUCAGAGUGGAGUCAGGUUUUUGAGUUUCAGGAGCAGGAUGGUUCCAGAUCUGCUUCAAAAAAGCAUGCCUACAUUUUACAACCUGUGUCUGGCAAAGCAAAAUAUACAAAGAUACAACUUACUGAGGCAAAGAAAACAGGACAAGCAUUGCAAAAUGCUGCAGUUGAUUUGGAUGAUGUUACUCUGUCGUUGUCAAAGGAUGGCUACAGGGACAUGUUGAAGAUGGCUGAUAAUUUGUCUACUUUUAAUCAACGGCUGAGAUAUGCUCAUCUCCGACCAUCUUUACCAGUAAAAUCGGAUCCACGAGCUUGGUGGAAGUAUGCAUACAAGGUGAUGACUCAGGAAAUGAAGAAAGCAAGUGGGAGUCUUUCUUGGGAGCAAUUAUUGAGAAAUGCAAGACUUCGGAAGGCAUAUGUAUCUUUAUAUGCAUCCCUCUUGAAAUCUGACAUGAGUCGACUGGUUGUUGAUGACGAUGAGGAGAUUAAGAGGAUGGACCGUGAACUUGAUAUGGAGGUUAUUCUACAGUGGAGGAUGCUAGCUCACAAGUUUGUAGAACAGUCGGUGGAAACAUAUCAGUAUGCUCAACAAAAUAAGCAGCAGACUGGCUCUUCAAAGGAUGAAGAAGAUUCAAAGAGUUUUACUGCUGAAGAUUGGGAAAGACUAAAUCAGAUUAUUGGGUACAAAGAAACCAAUGAGUAUAUCCCUGAUCAACAGGAUAUGAAACUGAUGCAAUUUGAUUUUGAAAUACGUAUGAAACAUAAUGCAUCAAAGCUUACCAUUGAUGAUUCGGAGUGCCUUGCUGAUCUCUCGUGUCAAGAUUUCUGCUGCAACUUGAAAAUGUAUCCGGAGGCAAAAAUAUUUGAUCUGAAGCUGGGUUCCUACAGGCUUUUAUCUCCAUAUGGCCUGCUUGCUGAGAGUGCAAGUGUCAUUGAUUCUUUUGUCGGCAUCUUCUCCUACAAACCUUUUGAUGAGCAACUAGACUGGAGUUUCACAGCUAAAGCUUCUCCUUGUUAUAUAACUUAUUUAAAGGAUUCAAUCGAUCAAAUUGUUGGCUUCUUCAAGAGUAGCCCUACCAUUAGCCAGAACUUGGCACUAGAGACUGCUGCUGCUGUACAGAUGACACUAGAUGAAGUGAAACGGACUGCUCAACAGCAAAUGACUCGGGUGCUAAAAGAUCAGUCCAGGUUUUCACUGAACAUGGAUAUUGCUGCUCCAAAAAUUACUGUUCCUACCAAGUUCCGACCAGAUGAUGUACAUGAGACUAAGCUUUUGCUUGACCUUGGAAAUUUAGUUCUUCGGACAGAGGAAAUAUGGGAUGCCUAUACUUCAGAAGAGCAGGAUAUGUAUCUAAACUUCAAUUUGGUGCUUAGUGAUGUCUCUGCAUUUCUGGUGGAUGGUGAUUACCAUUGGAAUGAAACAUCUGAUGAAACAAACUUGUUGCCGGUAAUUGACAAGUGCGGGAUUGCUUUGAAGCUUCAGCAGAUCCAGUUAGAAAGUCCUCUCUAUCCUUCCACAAGACUGGCGAUACGGGUGCCUUCCCUAGGAUUUCAUUUCUCUCCUGCACGCUAUCAUCGUUUAAUGGAAAUUUUUAAAAUUUUUCAAGAUGGUGCUAGUGACAAUAGCAGUUCAGAUCAUGAACACUUGUGGGAUCAUGCUGACUUUGAAGGGUCGUCAUCUCUUCUCACAUGGAAGGGGGUUGGAAACCGGGAAGCUGCUUGGCAACACAGAUAUUUGCGUCUAGUGGGUCCAUUUCUCUAUGUAUUUGAAAAUUCAAUUUCUACAACAUACAAGCAAUGGUUCAGUUUACGUGGGAAACAAGUUCAUCAGGUACCUACUGAGCUUACAAAUGGCGUGCAGAACAUCCUGGCGCUGCAUGAUUCUGGCCAAAUUCUGGAAGACACUGGUGCUUUAAUUUUGUUGUUUGAUAAUGACGAGGCACGAAAGAUAUGGCAGAGCCGUUUACAGGGUGCUAUAUACCGUGCAUCGGGUUCUGCUGCAAUUUCAAGCUUUCCUGGAGUUGCUCUCCCAUCAGAGGCCCACUCAUUCAAAGGCAGCUUUCCCGAUGUUGCUGACACAGAGAAAUUAUUUGUUGCUGGCAUUCUUGAUGAGUUAAAGAUAUGUUUUUCAUGUGGCUAUGAGAGUAACCACAAACUAAAAAAAGUUCUGCUAGCUAAGGAGAGCAGCCUGUUUGAAUUUCGGGCAGUUGGUGGCCAGGUUGAACUCUCAAUGAAAGGUGGCAAUUUACUGAUAGGAACUAUUUUGGGGUCACUAGAAAUUGAAGACCAGUUUUACUACCCAGGGAGUCCUGUGCCAAGGUUCUUGGCAAGGUCUUAUAUCAAUAGCAUGCAAACCCAAGAACUCCCAUCUCCUAGUCGAAAGAACAGUUCAGGACCUAGAGGCACCCAAUUGAAGAAAAAUGACAGUGAGGAAAACUUUUUUGAGGCAUCAGAUGAUUUUGAUGAAUUUGAAACACCUAUGCAUCGAGAGAGGACUAUAUCAGACUAUUUUAGCACCCAGAACUUUUUGCCUACUAGUGUUCCUUCCCUACAGCCGCCAACAUUUAAUCGAAUUCCUGAUUUGAUACCAGACACUGAACUUCAAACUGGGGGAUUCACAUUGGAUGAUAGUGGCACUUUCGAUAGUUUUGUGAAAGCUCAGAUAGUGAUUUAUGAUCAACAUUCCCCCCAGUACAACAGCUUGGACAACAGGGUAGUUGUAACUGUUGCCACUUUAUCGUUCUUUUGCCAUCGGCCAACUGUUAUUGCAAUCAUGGAAUUUAUGAAUGCCAUCAACCUUGCAAACGGGUCUGAUACUGAUAAAGAUAAAAAUACAUAUCCUGCUACUGUAGAAGAUGGUACAAUUGAGGAAUCUAAGUCUGACCUGGAACCAGCGCCAACCAUAAAACGCAUGGCAGAGGCACAGAUAUUACUGAUGAAUGAGAAUGGAGAUCGACUUGCUACUUUAUCACAAAAUAACCUCUCCACUGAUAUAAUGGUGUACACAUCGUCAUUCAGCAUAAAGGCUGCACUCGGAAAUCUUAAAAUAAGUGAUGAUAGCCUUCUUAGCAGCCACCCUUACUUUUGGGUUUGUGAUAUGCGAAAUCCUGGAGGUCGUUCGUUUGUGGAGAUUGACUUUACUUCAUACAAUGUUGGUGAUGAAGACUAUUGUGGUUAUGACUAUAGCCUUGUAGGGCAGCUUUCAGAAGUUAGAAUUGUUUACCUGAACCGUUUUGUUCGAGAGAUUAUCAGUUAUUUUAUGGGACUUGUCCCAAAAAGUUCUGACGCCGUUGUAAAGCUGAAAGAUGAUGAGACUAACUCAGAGAAGUUGGUUAGCAAAACCGAUAUGAAAGGAUCACCUGCUCUCAAAUUGGAUGUUUCAUUCAGCAGGCCUAUAAUUGUUAUGCCCCGUGAAACUGAUAGUAAUGACUUUUUGGAGCUUGAUGUUCUAUACAUUACAGUCCAAAAUGAAUUCCAGUGGAUAGGUGGUGAUAAGAAUGAGAUGAGCGCUGUUCACUUAGACAUUUUAACAGUUACAGUACGGGACAUAAAUUUAGUUAUUGGUAUGAAUAUGGUACGUGGUGAAACCAUAAUUCAAGAUGUGGAAGGUCUCUCCUUCGAACUUCGUAGAUCAUUGCGUGAUCUGAGGCAUCAGUUGCCAGCAGUGGAGGCAGCAAUUAAGGUGGAUGUUUUGAAAGCAGCACUAUCCAAUCGAGAAUAUGAAAUUAUAUCUGAGUGUGCGUUGUCUAACUUCUCUGAGACACCGCAUCCUGUGCCUACUCUGGAUGAUCCUCGAUAUGGCACUUCCACUACUCCAUCCCAUGUAUCAGCAUCUUCUUCAGAAAGUAUUCAUGACUUGUCCAAAGAUGCAGAAACAUGGAUAACUAAUAAAUUUUCUGUCUCAAUAAAUCUGGUUGAGCUUUCUCUGCAUUCAGGAUCGACAAGAGAUUCUCCUCUGGCGAGCGUUCAGGCGAAUAGUGCAUGGCUUCUCUAUAAAUCAAACACACGGGAAGAGAAUUUUCUGUAUGCUACUCUCAAAGGAUUUUCUGUUUUUGAUGAUCGUGAAGGAACAAAAGAUGAGUUAAGGCUUGCCAUUGGGAAAUCAGCAUCUGUUCGGGACACAUCAUCUGUUGAUGGCUAUGAUAAUCCUAACAAACUUGAUUCAGGUGAACGGAGAAUACAAAAAGAUCUAGGCCUUGAGCCAAUCCCCUCGAUGCUUAUUCUUGAUGCCAUCUUCCGAAAAUCUUCGUCGUCUGUCUCUGUAUGUGUUCAGCGGCCCAAGUUUCUCGUGGCACUUGACUUCUUACUAGCAGUAAUCGAGUUCUUCGUGCCAUCUGCCCGGAGUCUUUUAUCCAAUGAUGAAGACAAGGACCUUCUACAUAUGAUCACUCCAGUAGUAUUGAAUGAUCAGAUUUAUUAUCAGGAGCAUUCAACAUUUAGUCUUUCACCUCAGAAGCCCUUGAUUGUUGAUAAUGAAAGAUUUGAUCACUUCAUAUAUGAUGGGAAGGGUGGAAAGUUAUAUUUGCUGGAUAGAGAGGGGAAAAUUAUCUCAAGCCCUUGUACUGAGAGUUUCAUUCAUGUUCUGGGGUGUAAGAGGUUGCAAUUUCGGAAUGUCGCUAUAGUGAAUGGUGAAUAUUUGGACUCUUGUAUCUCUCUUGGUGAUGAUAGCUGUUAUUCAGCAUCAGAGAAUGACCAUGUCUACUUAGCAAGAGAAGAUGAUGGGCCCUUGUCGACUCCCAGCAAGGAAACUGCAGGAGACACUGUUAAAAAUGGAAGUGCUGAUAUAUCGACAGAAUUCAUUAUGGAACUACAGGCUAUUGGACCAGAGCUUACUUUCUAUAGUACAUCAAGGAAUGCUGGUGAAAACUUAGCACUAUCAACAAAGGUUAUUCAUGCCCGCACAGAUGCAUUUUGCAGGCUUAUAAUGAAAGGUGACAGUAUAGAGAUGAAUGGAAACAUACUUGGUUUAAAGAUGGAGAGUAAUGGCAUCAGAGUUAUAGAACCAUUUGACAUGGCUGUGAAAUAUUCAAAUGUGUCUGGAAAGACAAAUUUGCAUCUGCUAGUUUCUGAAAUAUAUAUGAAUUUUUCCUUUAGUAUUCUCAGACUGUUUUUAGCAGUUGAGGAAGAAAUUUCAGCAUUUCUCAGGAUGUCGUCAAAGAAAAUUUCACUGGUGUGCUACCAAUUUGACAAAGUUGCAACUAUGCAAGGUAAUGCGAAUGAUCAAGUGUUAUCUUUCUGGCGACCACGGGCUCCAUCUGGAUAUGCCAUUUUUGGCGAUUAUCUCACACCAAUGAAUGACCCUCCUACUAAAGGAGUCCUUGCUCUGAACACAAACAUUGUUAGGGUCAAAAGGCCUUUAUCAUACAAGCUAGUGUGGCAAUCUGGUUCUCCAAGAACAAACGUUUUUCAUCAGAAUGAGGACUCGGAGAAUAAGAUCUCUAAUGUUGACCAGCUCUGCUCUGUUUGGUUACCUGUGGCACCUGUGGGUUAUGUUGCAAUGGGUUGUGUUGUUUCAUCUGGGACUGCUGAACCACCUUUGUCUUCAGUUUUCUGUUUAACUGCUUCCUUGGUUUCAUCAUGUAAUCUAAGGGAUUGCAUUGCACUAAGGGAUAAUGCUAACAUGAUAUUCUGGCGAAUUGAUAAUGCUUUUGGUUCCUUUUUACCUGGAGAUCCUGCAAGCAUGAGUGUGCAUGGCAAUGCUUAUGAUCUUCGACAUAUGCUGUUCGACAGUGCAGACUCAUCUUCUAAGACUGUCUCUAGAAGGCAAGAUAGUAGAAAUGAUUCCUCUCAACUAGAGAGAUCAGAAUUGACCUCAGGUCGGCUAUUUGACGCGGUGGCAAGCUUUAAACUAAUUUGGUCCAAUAGUGCGACCUCUUCACCAAAAAAGCUCUCAAUAUGGCGUCCAAUGUUGUCCGAAGGAAUGUUUUAUUUUGGCGACAUAGCUGUUAACGGGUAUGAACCACCAAAUUCAACUGUUGUCCUUCGUGAUACUGGUGAAGACACUUUUCUCAGAGCUCCUGAAGGUUUUGACCUUGUUGGUCAAAUUAAGAAGCACCGAGGCACUGAGGGUGUAUCAUUUUGGUUUCCUAAAGCUCCUUCAGGUUUUGUGGCAUUAGGAUGUGUUGCAUCUAAAAGUUCUCCAACCAAAGAGGACUUCAGUUUGUUAAGAUGUAUUAGAAGUGACAUGGUGGCUGGAGGUCAAUUUUCUGAGGAAAGUGUAUGGGAUUCAUCUAAUGCUAGAACAUCUGAACCUUUUAGCUUAUGGACUGUUGAUAAUGAUGCUGGUACGUUUCUUGUGAGAAGUGGAUAUAGAAAACCUCCAAAGAGGCUUGCACUGAAGCUUGCUGGUCCACCUACAUCAAGCAGCUCAGAUAGCAUCAUUGUUGAUGCCGAAAUUAAAACAUUUUCUGCCGUUUCCUUUGAUGAUUAUGGUGGAAUGAUGGUGCCAUUAUUCGGGAUGUCCUUUGACAGUGUUGGACUAAGUUAUCAUGGUGGUCCUCAUCAUCUUAAUGCAACUGUGAGCUUGUCAUUUGUGGCCAGAUCCUAUAAUGACAAGUAUAGCUCGUGGGAGCCCUUCAUUGAACCAACGGAUGCAUUUCUUAGGUACCAAUAUGACAUGAAUACACCAGGUUCUCCUGGACAACUCCGUAUUACCUCAACUCGAGAUCUGAAUUUGAACAUAUCUGUUUCCAAUACAAACAUGUUAUCACAAGCUUAUGCUAGCUGGAACAAUAUUAGCUGUGGUGAUGAAUUGUACAGGAAGGACACCUUUUGUUCUACUGAGCGACCAGUUCUUGAUGUUCAUCAAAGAAGAAGUUAUUAUGUUGUCCCACAAAAUAAACUUGGACAAGAUAUUUACAUAAGAACUACUGAGAAUAGAAGUUCACUUGUUACUCUGUUGCCCUCUGGGGAUGAUAGGUCCAUAAAAGUUCCGGCGUUAAGGGAUCUAUUGGAUUCUCAUUUAAAUGGAAGAUCUGUUAAAUCAUAUCGGUUGAUGAUAACCGCCAUUCUUGCGGAUGCAGAGGUCAAGGAUGAUGAAGGAUUAGAUACUGGUGAAUAUAUGACUGCUGUGCGGCUCUUUUCAGAAAACCAUUCCAUAUCUGUUAUUCAGCAACAGAGUGCCCGUACUUGUGCUGCUACUGGAGAAUACUCGUCACAGAACACCAGAAAGGUGAACUGGAAUGAAAUGUUCUUUUUCAAAGUCGAACGUGUGGACAGUUAUACUCUGGAGCUUCUUGUGCUUGAUGCUGGUAAAGGUCAACCAGUUGGUAUAUACUCUGCUCCAUUGGAGCAAGUUGUGCAAAAGCUCCCUCCUACCUCUAAUUCGGACUGUGUCAAAUUUGAUUUGACUUUAGGAGACCUUAUGUCAACUAAGACAGUGGAACACGACACUGUUAAACCUAGUGGAAAAAUAAGAUUUGCGGUACUUGUUUCUGGUAGAGCUAGUGUACAACAAGGGAACAGAGCCAGUCCUGAAAGAAGCAAGACUGGAUAUAUUCAAAUUAGUCCUUCAAAAGAAGGGCCUUGGACAAGCAUGAAGUUAAACUAUGCUGUACCUGCAACAUGUUGGAGGUUUGGCAAUUGUGUGAUUGCUAGUGAAGCAACAGUCAAGGAAGGCAACAGAUAUGUUAGCAUACGUUCCCUUGUGUCAGUUACUAAUACAACCAAUUUCAUUGUUGAUUUGCGUCUAAAAGGAAGAAUUUCUCAAAAUGCACGAUCAGAUGAACAGGGAGACGGUUUUGAUAAAGAGGAUCAAAUCCUGAUUGGAAUGCUGGAGCCCAAUUCUACUGUUCCGGUUCCACUAUCAGGCCUCUCACACCCUCUUGUGUCCUAUAUGUUGCAGCUAAGGCCAGCAAAUCAUCAUGAUCAUGAAAAUUACUCUUGGAGUGAUGUCCAGGAGAGGCGCAGUCAAACUGAGUUUAGAAAGGAGGAGAUCCUAGAUAUAUGUGUAUCAGAUCUGUAUGAAUCGGAAAACUUGCUAUUCUGCUCACAGGUAGAUGGCACCUCCAAUUCUUGUCAUGGACUAUGGUUUUGCUUGAGUAUAGAAGCCAAGGAAAUAGGCAAAGAUGUUCAGAUGGAUCCAAUAUAUGAUUGGUGCAUCAUUAUCAAGUCCCCGUUGUGUUUGACAUACUAUCUUCCCAUUUCUGCACAUUAUACUGUCAGUUCUAGCCACCUCGACGAUGAAGAUUCAAGUUGCUCCCUUGGUACCUUAAGUCCUGGUGAGGCUGUAAAGGUCCACAAUGUUGAUCCAAGAAACCCUUUGUACUUAUCCCUUGUUCCACAUGGAGGAUGGGAACUAAUGCAUGAGCCUGUGCUUAUAUCACAUCCAACCCAAGCACCUUCCAGAUUUAUCAAUCUAAGAAGCUCUUUAUCCAGAAGGGUUGUACAGAUUCUGCUUGAACAAAGCAGUGAUAAUGACUAUUUGAUGCCAAGGCUUAUCAGAAUAUAUGUUCCCUAUUGGAUAUCUUUUGCUAGAUUGCCUCCACUUACUCUGCGUCUCAUUGAUAUUUCUGGAAGGAAAGAGAAGAGGCGGCUUCUUGCACGUUCACAUAUGGAAAGGGGUGAGAAGCACCUCUAUGAUAUAAAACAUGAUGAAUUGGUUGAGGGAUACACUAUAGCAUCUGGAUUAAAUUUUAAGGGAUUAGGACUUCUAUCGUCUGUCGGUGGACAUGGAGGACGGUUUGGAUCUGUGAAAGAAUUGUCGCCUCUUGGUGAUAUGGAUGGAGCAGUUGAUCUUUCUGCCUAUGAUGAUGAUGGAAAAUGCAUGCAUAUUCUUCUUUGUUCAAAGCCAUCCUCGUAUCAAGCUGUUCCAACAAAGGUUAUCCAUGUACGCCCGUAUAUAACAUUCACAAACAGGACCGGACAAGAUUUGUACUUAAAACUUAGUGUUGAAGAUGAGCCAAAGGUCCUACAUGCAUAUGACUGGAGGGUUUCCUUUAUGUACUCCGAGGGGACUACUGACAAACUGCAGGUCCGACUGGUGGAUACAGAAUGGUGUCAACCUCUGGAGAUAGUAAAAGAAGACACUAUUGUUAUAGCGAUGAGAAAGCAGGGUGAUACUCAGAAAUUUGUAAAAGCUGAGAUACGUGGCUAUGAAGAAGGUUCAAGGUUCUUGAUUGUAUUCCGUCUGGGGCCAGCAUAUGGACCAAUCAGGAUUGAGAACCGGACGAGUAGUACCACAAUCAGUACUCGCCAGUCUGGUUUAGGGGAAGAUAGUUGGAUCCAAGUGAAGCCACUUGCAACCAGAAAAUAUUCUUGGGAUGACCCAUAUGGACAGAAAGUUAUUGAUGUUAGCGUUGAUAAAGGCGAUGAUACUUGUGUUCUAAGUGUUGACCUGGAAAACCCUAUUGGAAGUUCCAUCAGUUUUAGGGAACAUGGCCUCAUGUUUAGUAUUGAGACCAGUGAUAUUAAGAUAUUGAAGUUUGCAGAUUACCUAAGGAAAGAGGAAGUAUAUGGAUUGCUUGGAUCUGAACUGAUUGAUCACCAAGGACCGACAUUGAAGGCAAAUGAGACAGAGCCAGGUGCUGGACCCUUGGAGCUUAUUGUUGAACUUGGAGUUGUUGGAAUAUCUUUGAUUGAUCAUAAGCCGAGAGAGCUUUUAUACUUGCAUCUGCAGAAGGUUUUUGUUUCAUACAUGACUGGUUAUGAUUCUGGGACCACUAGCAGGUUUAAGUUAAUUCUUGGCCAGUUGCAACUAGAUAAUCAGUUGCCACUGUCUACAAUGCCUGUUGUUUUGGCUACCGAGAGCUGGCCUGACUCAAAUCGUCCUGUUUUCAAAGCAAAUGUUGCUGUUAGCAAUGUAACUUCUAAUGGCAUUCAAGUUUACCCACAUGUCUAUAUUCGGGUAACUGAUCAAACAUGGAGACUGAACAUUCAUGAACCUAUUAUUUGGGCACUGGUUGAUUUCUACAACAGUCUUCGUUUUGUCACCACCAGCAACAGCACAACUGUAACGGAAGUGGAUCCUGAGAUACGAAUAGAGCUCAUUGAUAUUUCAGAGAUAAGGCUGAAAAUAUCUCUGGAAACUGCGCCUAAUCAAAGACCUCGUGGUGUCCUAGGCAUAUGGAGCCCCGUCCUGUCUGCUGUGGGUAAUGCAUUCAAGAUUCAGGUGCAUCUGCGGAAGGUCAUGCACAGAAGCCGGUUUAUGCGGAAGAGCUCCAUCAUCCCUGCUAUCAUGAACCGAAUCAAGAGAGAUCUGAUUCACAAUCCACUGCAUCUAAUCUUCUCUGUGGAUUUUCUUGGAGUGACAAAAUCAACUUUAUCAUCACUUAGUAAAGGAUUUGCAGAGCUCUCUACUGAUGGCCAAUUUCUUCAGCUGAGAUCAAAGCAGGUUUGGUCAAGGAGAAUCACUGGUGUUGGUGAUGGGUUAGUUCAAGGGACUGAAGCAUUUGCUCAGGGUUUGGCUUUUGGGGUUUCUGGUGUUUUAAGAAAGCCAGUUGAGAGUGCCAGACAGUAUGGUGUUAUAGGCAUUGCACCUGGUAUUGGUCGUGCUUUUGUCGGUUUCAUUGUACAACCUUUAAGUGGGGCUCUGGAUUUUUUUUCACUGACGGUUGAUGGAAUCAGUGCGAGUUUGAUGAGAUGUGUCAACAUUUUAAGUAACAAAUCUAUUCCACAGAGGAUAAGAGAUCCUCGUACUAUCCAUCGAGAUGGUAUACUAAGAGACUAUGACAAAGUUGAAGCUGCUGGACAGAUGGCCCUUUACCUGGCAGAAGCAAGCAGAUAUUUUGCAUGCACAGAUUUAUUUCGGGAACCUUCUAAGUACGCAUGGUCUGAUUACUAUGAAGACCAUUUUAUUUUACCAAACCAGAGGAUUGCUUUAGUAACUAAUAAGCGGGUGAUGCUGCUUCAGUGCCCGGAUCUAGAUAAAAUGGACAAGAAACCUUCCAAAAUACUUUGGGAUGUUCCUUGGGAAGAAGUACUUGCAUUGGAGCUAGCAAAAGCUGGGUAUCAGAGGCCUUCACAUGUAAUCAUACAUCUGAAGAAUUUUAGGAGGUCAGAGAACUUUGUAAGGCUUAUUAAGUGCAACAUUGACGACGAACGACAACCACAGGCUCUUUCACUUUGCUCUUCAAUUCGGAAAAUGUGGAGAUCUCACCAGGCAGCAAUGAAAGUUAUACCGUUGAAGGUUCCAUCAGGCCAGCACCAUGUGUAUUUUGCGUCAGAUGAUGAUAAUAGGGAAUCCCACAGUCUAUCUAGGCCUUUGCUAAGCUCGAGAGGAACUUCUACUGAUGUUGAGCAACAACUCAUAAACAAUACAGUUAACUUCCAGAAAAUGUGGAGCAGUGAACCAGAAAUUUGGAGCCGAUGUAAACUAGUUGCCAAGCAGAUUGCGGACGACGGAAGGGUGUUUAGCAUAUGGAGGCCUAUGUGCCCUAAUGGGUAUGUCUCAAUUGGUGAUGUUGCUCAUGUUGGCACCCAUCCGCCACAUUUUGCUUCUGUAUACAAGAACAUCAAUGGGAACUUUGCACUGCCCCUUGGCUAUGACCUGGUUUGGAGAAACUGUGCUGAGGAUUACAGGAACCCUGUAUCAAUAUGGCUUCCAAGGCCACCGGGGGGAUACGUAGCUCUUGGGUGUGUUGCUGCCCCUUCAUUCGAGGAGCCCCCUCUUGACUGUGUUUUCUGUGUGGAUGAGAGACUCACGGAGGAUGCCGAGUAUGAGGAGCAAAUCAUAUGGGCGUCAUCUGAUGCUUACCCAUGGGGAUGCUAUAUCUACCAAAUUCAGAGCGCCUCACUGCAGUUCAUGGCACUUCGUGUCCCAAAAGAAAAAUCUGAGCUAAGGCCCAAGAAGAUGUUGGAGUCAUCAUUUGUGCAGCGAGCAUCAGAGACUCCAUGUCAAGACAAGCAAACGUGCCGUGCAUGA